CGCAGCAUUCGUCUUGCACAAAUCCUCUCGGUUAAUCGCCUCUCGCCGGCUGAGGGAUUAAGACAUCAUGCAGUCGUCGGUGGGUGGUGUCAAAGCAUAGCGUGUGUACAAGCUGACUAUUAAACAGACGGUGAAUUGAGGAGAAGCUCAAAGCCACGAGCUCAAUGACGAUGAAAAUGGAUUUGAAUGGCAUCAUAGAGCAAAUGGAGUCGGGAGGACAGGACGCAGCUUUGACUGCUCUACAGAGCUACAACCAGGAGAUGAACCAGUGCUUUACAUUCAGCAAGGAAGAAGAGCAGAACAGAGAGCAUCUUGGGGAGUUGGUGCUCAGUUUCCUGAACAGGGAGUUGCAGCCUUCCUGUCAGCUGGCCUGUCUAGAAACAGUUCGGAUCCUGUCCAGAGACAAACAUUGUUUGCAUCCCUUCAUCAGUCACUCUGCCAUGUCCACUCUGGCCCGCUAUGCCGGCAUCGCUUUGGCCAGUAGUGCCACACCUGCCUCCAGGCAGCCGGACGACCAAGUGGAAAGUGGAGGAGAGGGGGAAGAGGAGGCACAAGUAUCCAGUGAGGUGGUGAAGGAAGCCUCACCUUCUUCAGAAAACCCUGACCAGGAUAUAAUUGUUGAGGGUCUCAAGUCCAUCUGUAACAUCCUGCUACACUGUGAGACAGGACAGGUGGUAGCCGCAGAUCUACAGCUGAUAAAGGGUGUGGCAGAGAGGCUAAAGCAGUGUCAUGAUCCCACCUGGACCCAUGAGGUGCGUUUCUUUGACUUGCGUCUCACCUUCCUGCUGACUGCUGUCAGAGUGGAUGUCAGAACACAGCUGGCUCAGGAGCUUCACGGCAUUAGUCUGCUAGGAAACCAGUUGGAUGUCACACUGGGUUUGUGUUGGCCAGAUACAUUGGAGACUGCAAGGGCAGGGUUAGAAGGUGUCCCACCUGAAGAACUGCCCCCACUAAGCCGGCAGCAGACAGAGCUCGCCAUGGAAAUACUAAAAAUACUGUUCAAUAUUACUUUUGACUCAACUAGGCGCAAGGUUGACGAGGAAGAGGCAGCAGCGUACAGACAUUUGGGAGCCAUACUGAGACACUGUCUUAUGAGCCAUGCAGAUGGAGAGGAGCGCACUGAGGAGUUCUACAGCCAUACUGUUAACUUGCUAGGUAAUCUCCCUCUGCCCUGUCUUGAUGUCCUAUUGAUGCCCAAAGUACAACAAGGCUCCAUCGAGUACAUGGGGGUCAACAUGGAUGCUGUCAACAUGCUGCUGAAAUUCAUGGAGAAACGACUUGACCGGGGACAUAAGCUUAAAGAGACCCUUCUCCCGUCACUGAACUUAUUGACUGAGAGUGCCCGCAUCCACCGAGAGACCAGGAAGUUUCUCAGGUCCAAGGUGCUGCCCCCACUGCGUGAUGUGAAGAACAGGCCAGAGGUGGGCAGUGCUCUGAGGAACAAACUAGUCCGUCUUAUGACGCACAUUGACACUGAUAUCAAGGACUGUGCCGCUGAGCUCCUGUUUGUUCUCUGCAAAGAAAGUGUUUCAAGGUUCAUUAAGUACACAGGAUACGGUAAUGCUGCAGGUCUGCUGGCUGCCAGAGGACUGCUCAGGGGGGGCAGAGACUCUGGGAUCUACUCUGAAGACGAAGACUCCGAGACAGAAGAGUACAAAGAGGCCAAAGCCCAGAUAAACCCAGUCACAGGAGUUGUAGAGGAGGAGCAGCCCAAUCCUAUGGAUGGGAUGACAGAGGAGCAGAAAGAAUAUGAAGCCAUGAAGCUGGUCGAGAUGUUUGACAAACUGUCAAGGUGCGGUGUGAUCCAGCCCAUGCAGCUCAGCAUGGACGGGAGGAUGAAGGAAAUGACUCCAGAGGAUCUGAACAAGCCGUCCCACAAUCCUGUGCGCCGGUCAGAAGAGCCAGAUAAUUCAGGCAGUGAAGAUGAGGCUUAGUUAACACAGAAACAUAACAGCAGAAACAGAUUCUCCUGUGACAAACGUGAAAGAUCUGUCUCAUUAUUUUAGAUAUUCACACAGUCCAACCUCUUCCUGAUGAAGGUACAGACACAGUUUGGAGUACACAGUAGGCUGUUUUAUAUGUGCUAUACAUUGUUGUUUAGUCAACUUAAUGAGCAACAAUCUCCAGCAAGAGGGUCCCUCUUUUGACUGACAGCUAAUGCUAGUUUCCUUCACACAGGGAGCAGCCAGGUCAGAAAGUCCUCAGUAACUUAUGGAAAGCCAUUUGAGCAUUUAUUCAAUAUCCUUGAUAUCGGACUUAAGGUCCAUGUACUAGUAAGCUUUUUGUCCUCACUAGUAAGACGAUAUUUCGCACUAGUAGAACUACUAGAGCACACUAGUAGAACGACUGUGUCUUACUAGUAACGUUUUUUACACUACUAGUGCCACUUUUGGCCUACUAGUUCGCAAUCAAACCCUACUUGUAAACUACUGUGCUGCACUAGUAACACUACUACGCCCUACUAGUAGGCAUGUGUCAUGCACUAGUAGCCUCCUGGACCCUACUAGUAGCACCAAAAUGCCCACUAGUACUACUAGUAAGUACAAAAAUGCCCACUAGUAGUACUAGUAACGUAUAUUUUACCUUAUUAGUACUAAUAGUAACAGUGAGAAUGCCCACUAGUAGUACUAGUAACAUCAAAAAUGCUCACUAGUGACAGAUAUUUUUUUCUUACUAGUGAGCCUCCGAACCCAACAUGUAAGGAGUUUGGCUGCACUAGUAUGACACAAUACACUACUAGUGCGCAACUAGCCCGCUACUAGUGCGCAAUUGCACACUACUGGUGCGCAACUUCAUUCAACUAGUAAGACAUUUCUGUAACAUGUAAGACAUUUCUGCACACUAGUAGGACAACUUUGGCGUACUAGUAGGACAACUACAUCUUACUAGUGAAGCAAAACUGUGCACUAGUUGACAUCUGCACACUACUAGUACUACUAGUGAGGCGGUAGAUGUUAACUAGUAGAAUUUUAUUGUGUCACUAGUAGUACUAGUAGCGCACAGUUGCCAACUAGUGCACAGUUUUGCUUCACUAGUAAGAUGUAGUUGUCCUACUAGUACGCCAAAGUUGUCCUACUAGUGUGCAGAAAUGUCUUACAUGUUACAGAAAUGUCUUACUAGUUGAAUGAAGUUGCGCACCAGUAGUGUGCAAUUGCGCACUAGUAGCGGGCUAGUUGCGCACUAGUAGUGUAUUGUGUCAUACUAGUGCAGCCAAACUCCUUACAUGUUGGGUUCGGAGGCUCACUAGUAAGAAAAAAAUAUCUGUCACUAGUGAGCAUUUUUGAUGUUACUAGUACUACUAGUGGGCAUUCUCACUGUUACUAUUAGUACUAAUAAGGUAAAAUAUACGUUACUAGUACUACUAGUGGGCAUUUUUGUACUUACUAGUAGUACUAGUGGGCAUUUUGGUGCUACUAGUAGGGUCCAGGAGGCUACUAGUGCAUGACACAUGCCUACUAGUAGGGCGUAGUAGUGUUACUAGUGCAGCACAGUAGUUUACAAGUAGGGUUUGAUUGCGAACUAGUAGGCCAAAAGUGGCACUAGUAGUGUAAAAAACGUUACUAGUAAGACACAGUCGUUCUACUAGUGUGCUCUAGUAGUUCUACUAGUGCGAAAUAUCGUCUUACUAGUGAGGACAAAAAGCUUACUAGUACAUGGACCUUAAGUCCGAUAUCAAGGAUAUUGAAUAAAUGCUCAAACGGCUUUCCAUAUUAACUGAAAAACCAGCAUCUUUACAAAGUAUGGAUUUCUUUUCCAAAGCUUAAAGUUAUCUGUCCUUAACUGCAAAUGACACAAGCACUUUAUGCAAAUGAAUGCAUUCUGACGUAUCCAGAACAUUUCAGUGUCUUUUGCAGUUACUGCUAGCUACUUUCAUUGGAGAGUUGGCAACACUGCCAAGAGUUGAUGCGAAGCAGCCUGAAGGACAUCAGAGGGGAAACCAGAAAACAUUUUCUCCAUAAAAUAUGAUCCAGUUUCACCAAAAUCACUCAAAUAGUUGGUGGUGUGUGCCGUAAAGCGUUAUGUACUUCUCCCAACCCGGAGCCCAAAGUUACAGAGUGUGAGAACAGACGUACGAAUGACAGAGACACCGUUCACCUGAUCACAGGUCAGCGUGGAUCAACAGGAGGUAACAGAGUAAAAUGUACCUGAUGUUGCUUUGACCCGAAUUGGUUGAGUUAGAUUUGUUGAGUUUGUGAGGUGUGAAAGCACACAGUGAUUGAGUGAAUGGACUUUAAUUUGUAAAGAUUUGAAAAACUCAACAGAAUUCUCCUUUUCCAGAAGUAACAUUCCAGUUACUGUCACUCAGGAUAGAUCACAGUGGAACCAGUCUCUGUCUCUAGUUGAACUUUGUAGGAAGAUUUUUAGAGAAUGUUGAUGAGAUGAGGAUGAGGUGUGUCAUUUCUAUUCUUCAUGAGAGCAGAGGAAGAUGUAAGAAAGAUAGCCAAAGAGCUGUUCUACAGUUUGUGAUGAUGGAAUCAAACUGUUGAAUUGUAGAUACCUGUUGUUUUUCAUGAAGCCCUUCAGAUGUUUUAUUUUUAGAAGUGAAACAUGAAACUCUGACAGAUACAGAAGUAUAACUUUAGAGUAAAGGUGAAAUAUUCU